AUGUCGGCAAAACUUUGACCUUACAACCGAGUGUACUUUAUGAGUAGUUCUAGUAAUUUUUUUUGCCGCUCAUUUUUCUCUCUCCAAAAAUUGUUACCAUACAAAAGAGGCAAACCAAGAGCAUCGGAAGUUUUGACAAAGCAUUUGGAGCAAGCUUCUUAUCCUUUCUGGACAUCUUUUGUUGUUCGACAGAAGGAUGUGUUAAAUGAUCAAUUCUCACUCUCAAAUUUUAACUGGUGCAUUGGACAGCAUAAUUAUCAAAUUUUAAGAACUGGUUGUUAUCCUUUCAUCAAAUAUCACUGCUCCUCGGCGCCGGUAGAAGAUCUAUCUCAACAUAAUAAGCUAUUUACGACUCUAAAAGCAAUCAAUCUAGGUUAGUUAAAUAUAAUGGGAGUGAUAGAUGAAUGGAGGGCUUUAAUGGGUAAUCCUCAAGAAACUAAUAACAACAAUCAAGACUCAAAAUCAGAUUGCACAGAAUGCCGCGUAAUCGGAACUGUAGCAUGCUCAGGAGCAGGAUGUUACACACUUUGGUCAACUUUAGCAAAAGAUAUGAAGGGUGCAUCCAGAUCACUAAAAAUUAGAUAUUAUUCUUUCGGAACGUGCCUUUCUUUAACUUUUUUUACCUUAGCCAUUUGCCGGGCUUUUGAUUUGUCAAUGUUUAAUGCUAAGAAUAAAGAUAAAACACCACUACAGAUUCUUAAUGAGGAUAUAAAAUGGUUUAGGGAAAAAAAGUUUUUUAGUAAGGAUUAA